GGAACGGCUUAGCUGUGGUGAUCAGUGUGAGCUAGGCGAGGCACCAUCACUCUGACCAUGAGGGCGAUGGCGAUGGCGAUGGCGAGGGCUAGAGCCGCUGCGUCGUGGCUGCUCCUCCUUGUGCUCCUGCACAUGAGGAUAGGUGCAUCGUCGUCGCAGCUGGAGUGCAAGCUCGAGUACACGAGCUUGGCGUUGCUGUCAUGUCAGGAGACCACCCCGACGACCCCGACUCCCUCCUGCUGCGACGCUCUGCUCUACUCGCUCGACAUCUGGCCUGUCAACCAGCGAGAGAAAGGCCUCUGCUGCCUCUGUGUCUACGUGCUUGCCAGGCAGCCUUCCUUCGAUCUUGCCACUACCUACAUCACCUGCCGCGGCAGCUACGCGGCUUCGGUCGCACAAUGGACGCAACAGCUUAUUCGAGGUGUUCCUCCCCACGACUGUAAUGAACCAUGCGGCGUUGACACUGGCGACCAUCCGCCACCACUGCCCAGCGGCAAGAAGAAUAAGACGAGGAGGAAGAAGCAGAAGCAGCAGCUAGGAGUUGGGGUGAUCAUCGCCAUCGUCGUCUGCUCUCUGGCCGCUGCCGGUCUGCUCGGAUACUGCCUCUACCACAUCUUCUUCAGUCCAGCGGCCAAAGCACGCAGGUCGCCUGAUCCCAGCUCAAACAACAGCUCUGCUUCCUCCCGUCAGCGGAGAGAUGGGUUGGAAAUGUCGUCUGGGCGUCUCUCGUCAGCCCGAUUCUCCACGUCAGCGCUACUCUGAUAGUCUGAUGCUACUCUUGCUACCUGACCUACAGUACCUCGUUCUUGUUGUAUCGCUCCAUCUAGCAGCAGCCCAUGAUGCACGGAUUUACCAUCUGUAUUCUGUACUAGUUGUAGUAUAGCUUAUCAUCUGUAUUCUGUACUAGUAGCUUCUGCUUGAAUUCUACCAGGCUGGUCACAUGAUGUACUAGUACGUAUAUGCUCCGCCUCUGCUACAUUUACUUGUACGCCAUCCAUCUUCUCCUAGUCCUUGGUAGUAAACUAGCAAUAUAGUUCUCUUCACUCCAUCACUAUCGUUUAUUAAUACUAGUAUUAGCUAGGGGGAAUCAUCGCGGCCCUUGCGCUUGUACC